AUGGCUGUCCUUCAUGACCUCCCGCCGGAGUUACUCGGCUACAUUCUAAUCCAUGUAGAUGUCCGCGAUGUCUGCCACUGUCUUCAGGUUUGUAGAUUACUGCACGAUAUCGUCGUUACUACGCCCAGCCUACAUUACAAUCAUGGUCUUGCGGCGGCAGGGAUGAUAGAUGGCCCGACACACUGCCCAUUGUCGUUGAUGGAAAGGCUUUCCCUCUUGCAACAGCGUCGCGAAGCUUGGCGAACGCUGGAACCGACCUUGACGAUGCAAGUCGCGGAGCCUUCAAAAGUACAACUUGAACACCCUACCGCCUUGGAGAUGAGAGCUCUGGAUCUGGGCCUGAGCAUUGACGACAUGCGUCAUGGUCUGCUGGGUGAAGCUGACCCAGAGAUCUUCGACUGGAGGAACGAUCCCGCGCAAGAUCUCCUUGUUAUUUUGGACCAAAACCUAUCAAACAAUGGACACCCUCAUUUUGUCCGAUUCUACUUCCGGACUUGGAGUUCUGGAGGUAGUGCGGACCACCCUGAUGCCAUCCAUCCUUUCAUUGACAUUAAUGUCGACCAUCGGAGGUACAACGGCACUUCGUGGCAUCUCAUGGGACAUCUUCUAGCCAUUGUCGCUCGAACUGGCGAAAGAGCUCAGCAACUGUAUGUUGUAGAUUGGGAGAAUGACGUGACGAAACUGAGCAUUACCAUCAUCGGAGACUGGCAAGAUCAUGUCACGGAUACCCAGAUCCUAGACGAGUCUUGCGUUGCAAUGUGUACUUCAGCGACCGUACGUAUAUACGAUAUACGGGGUCUGACCUUUACGGGCAAUCCACUCGUCGUCCUUCAACUGCCUAUGCACCGCUCGAGCUCCUGUCCUGUGUCUCGGAAACAGCAGUUCGGCAGUAUGCUAGAGAACAUACCAUUCACGGAAGCCCCAUUUACUGGCGACCGUAUCUUUGUCAUUCGUCAGAUCCCUUACAUAGCCGAGAUGGGUAGUCGGGGCUUCUUCUACAUCAUGCUUGUCAACUCGCUGCUCCGCCUAUUCCGCCAAGCCGAUCAGGCGAACACGGGAACGCGUACUCUCCAAUGGGACGGAUGGGGACCAGAUAAUACUCGCGUCCUUUGCAACCGCGCCGAAUUGCGAAUUGACCGUCUGUUAUCGGGAUCACGCCUCUUGUGGCCUACUUUUGAUGUCGCCUCGCAUUUCAACAUCCUCCGCUACGAGAUACUGGACUUCUCCAGAAGUCCAUCGGCACGUGCUGGCGUUGCGCCCUCACCGCUUAGCCUCGCAUCCGAUUUUACCUUGCAUGAAGAGGCAAGCGCCACCGAAGAGUUUCAUGAUGGAGAGCAGCUGGUCCCAGCGGUACACAGUCGGCUUGCAUACUCCUCUACCACGCUGUCGUUUCCCAAUAACGGAGAAACGAUCUCAAUCGAGGAGUUCUUGAACUCUGAUGUCAACGGUUGGUACCCAGUUGAACUGCAUGAGGAUCGUCUCACUCGUGUACUCAAACGUGGCGGUGUGGAGGUUGGCGAAAUCUAUGUCUUCUGA